UCAGGCCGCUGGUUCCGUGCCGUUCUCCAGGACUAUUCCAGCUCUCUCCGCGAAGCCGCAGCCAGUGCCCGGCGCCGCCCGCUGCUGUCGGCGGCGGCUCUGGGAGCCCUGGGGCUCGGGGCCGGGCUGGCGAGCUCCGUCCCGGACCGGGACUCUCUGGAGAGCGCGGCCGUGGCGGCGGCGACGGCGCUGGGGAAGCUCCCGGAGGCUUCUCGGAGCCCCCGAGCCGAACGCCACGUCCUGAGGCUGCUGAAGCUGCGGGAGCGGGGGCGGCUCCGCGUCCUCAACCUGGGGGUCGUGGCCGUGGCCGGGGCCGACCCCCACGGCCGGGACCCCGCGCUGUACUCGGCGCGGUGCCCGCACCUCCGGCCGCGGCUGUGGCAGCUCGGGGCGCCGCUGGAUGUGGGGUUUUGGGGGCGCUGGUGGCUGCUGGAGGAGGCGCUGAGGGACAGCGACAUCAACGAGGAGGAGUUCGGGCACCUCCCGGAGCGGCUGCGGCGCCUGGAGCCCCGGGAGCUGCGCUCCGAGAGGAACGAGAGGCUCCACAGAGAGAGGCUGCGGGCUGUGGUGCUGAGCGAGGAGGAGAUGAGGGACUGAGGGGACGGGAUACUCCGGGGAUA